AUGAAGGCUGUCGUCUUUGACGGCCCGUUCCAAGUCUCGGUGCAGGAUCGCCCUGUGCCGAAGAUCCAGGAUGACCAGGAUGUCAUCGUCAAGGUCCACGCCACGGCCUUGUGUGGCUCGGAACUGCAUGUGUUCCGAGGCCAUGAGACGACGACCAAUGGCUUCAUCAUGGGCCAUGAAUUUACGGGCGAGGUAGUUGAGACAGGGUCGACCGUAACCAGCGUCCGCGUAGGCGACAGGGUUGUGUCGCCCUUCACUGUGUCCUGCGGGAAAUGCUUUUACUGCAAGAGCGGUUUCACUGCUCGAUGCGAAAAAAGUCUCUUGUUCGGCUCACGCUUCCUAGAUGGCGGCCAGGCAGAGUACGUGCGGGUGCCGUUGGCGGACGGGACCAUCUUCAAGGCCCCGGAUACCAUAUCCGACAGGGCUUUGCUGCUCAUGGCCGACAUCUUUCCCACCGGGUAUUUCGGUGUCAAGAGCGCCCUCACCUUGUCGCCUACCAUUGAUGUCGAGCAGUCAACCAUGGUUGUCGUGGGCUGUGGCCCAGUUGGCCUCUGCGCCGUCCUCUGCGCACUCCAGCGACGCCCGCGACACCUUUUCGCAGUUGACAGUGUCGAAAGCCGACUCGAGGUAGCGCGCAAGCUGGGUGCAGUGCCGCUGAACUUUACAGACGGCGACGACAUGCGCCAGAAGAUCAUGGAGGCCACCGAGGGCCGCGGGGCUGACAUGAUUGUCGAGGCUGUCGGCCACUCCCCCGCCCUGCGAACCGCGUUUGACCUGGUCCGCACGUUUGGUGCCAUCAGCAGCAUCGGCGUUCACAAUGGCGAGAUUCCUUGGACUGGGCGAGAGGGAUAUGGCAAGAACAUCCGCCUGCAGAUGGGUCGCUGCCCCGUCCGAUACAUCUUCGGCGAAGCCCUGGCUGUGCUGGAGAAGAACCAGGACAAACUCGAUUUCAUGUUUGACCAUAUCAUGCCCCUGACCGAGGCCAAGGAAGGCUAUGACCUGUUCCACAACAUGAAGGUGCAGAAGGUAGUUUUCAAGCCAUGA